AUGACAACCGCCGCGCCACCACGAACUCGCGCAGCUGAUCUCAGCAUACCUCCUCCACCACUUCCGGAAUUCUACUUACCUAAGGAUUUCGCCCAGCGGGACAAUGACGAGCAGGAAGAGGACACCAAGGUCGCGAUGAAAGUCCGCAGGUACACAGUUGAGCUGAACGACGACGAGGCUGCCGGCCUUUUGGUCAAGCUUCCAUCGGCAACGACUAAGGCCACCGGCAAGACCAUGACUCAAGUGACGUACACGGAUCGAGUACGAUACGGACCAGUGGCCACAAUGCCUGCGCCGGCAGGAGGUGCAGCAGAUGUACCACCUUUGGCGAUCUAUCACAUCUGCCGUUUGUGUCUCCGCACGCGAAGUGCAAGAUAUCACAGAGAGCAUCCAAUCCCUGUGAAUGGAGUCCCGCCACCGCCAGGGAUCUGUCGCAGAUGCCGGGUGACGACUGUGGAGGAUGGCUCAAAGGUGGCAGAGAAGACCCAGUGUGGCGAGAGUAACCAGAAACGCAUCGGUCUCGGCUGUAUCGUGAAGGACGAGGACUACGUCUCCAACCAAGACUACAAGGAUCUGCACAAUGGGCGCAACUUCAUGCCUCCGUUCGAACACCUUGGCUUAAGGCACGAGAGCAGCUCGGCUCGGAGCAGAGAGACUCGGGAAGAGCACAAGAAGCUUCCUUAUCGCCACGUUCGAGUCCGCGAAUCGAGUUUGUCGAGUUCGCCACCAGGACCAAAGACACAUGCUGAGUCGACUGCGCAGGACGUUAUCGAUGCCGUUAGUGUCAAGUCAGCGAGUGCGGUAAUAUCCGAGAAGUCUCAACGCAGACCCGAUUAUAGAGGCUUCCGCGAGGGUGGCGGAGGCAAAAUUACUGCACGACUUAUCGACGAGGACCUCCCAACAACAACACAAGUUGCAAUCUACGCGGCUUCGGAAUCGUCGAGGUCACCACCCACAGGGACGUUUAUAAAGAUUGUUGCUAGUGCAUCUGUGCAGCAGCCAGUUCAGCCGCAGUGGUCAGAGGCCGGUAUCAGAAGAGUUGCAAGGGACGAAGUUGAGCGCUAUCGCCAAGCUGAGCGUACGCUGGAAGCACAUCGUGAUCCGUAUGCUCAUGGUAGAAUGGUGCUCAUUGAACGGCGCAUCGAGCGUCCAGCUGCUGAAGCUGAGGUACUGCCUUGGGAGAAGAAGAAGAGUGGUAUGACUGAGGAAGUCGUCAUGGUUAAGAAGCCAUUGUUUCAAAGCGAGCGACAGUCUUCAGGUGCACAUUGUUCUGAUUGGGAUUCCGGUCGAAUUCAGAACAGAGAGGACCGCAAGGAGAGCCAAGUGACUGAGAGAGAAACCACUUGGGUGGACGAAGAGAUCAUGCUGGAACGGGUGCGCCAGCGUCCUAGUCACUCGACCGCGAGUGGCAAUAUGUCGGGACAUGGCCAGAAUAUUGAUGCUGAGACACAAGAUCCUCGAUCGACUACAAGGAAACCGAAGUCCGCUAAAGGAGAGACAGCCAGAGGGCGGACCGAUAUUGACUCGAAGGACCGUGGAAGCAAUCGUUCGGGAGAUCACAAGGCCACAGACAGUGCAGAGCCAAGGAGCGAACGCAGCGAGAGGCGUAAGUGGGAUCUGAUGAGCGGAUAUCCCACACAAGUACAACCCGAAGCGCGAAGAGAAGUGGCCAGCAGUCGCCGACGUGCUGAGAGAGAUUCUUUGGUUCACCGCAAGAUCUGGCUGCCGCCUUGGAAAGACUAUGAGAUCAUCGAGAUCACCGACACCUUCGACGAUGAAAGCAUGCCGGGUAAUCGUGAGACAAAGCACGAACGACGGGUGACUGAGCAACCUGCCAGGCUUCGGUCUGAACCUGAGCGUGUGAAAGCCGACUCAAUACUCGCCAAAGCUAAGGAAGAACCGUCGAAGCCUGUGGAUGAGCACGAUCACAGUCAAAGCCAGCCCGAAACAGGCGCCAGCAAUUUCAGGAGUACUGAUAGAACGGAGGAGAAGCUGGAUAUCAAGUGGCGGAAGCGCGAAUCGCAGGAUCAAGAGCCUCGCCGCGGACCUGCUUCACUCUCGUCACUGGGAACCAGGAACAGGUCUGGUAGACCGGCGAAUAGCGACUCCGAAAAGAACCGCGAGGACGAAGUUGCUUCACAGAAAUCGAGACCACGAGCGUUCGAUCUCAGGUGGGCAGCAGCGACGGCCCAAGCAAGGCCUGGCCGGAGUCGUGAUGAGGUCGAGGACGACGAGAAGACUAUGCAUCCCAACGGUGGUCGUAUUCACGCUUCACAAGUGGAUAGAGCGGAUGCGAGUGUUGGAAGACUUGCUCUGCGACCGGAGCCUGCAGCCACACAUUCGCACACACGACAAAAAGCACCCCAGUCCGAGCACGAAUACGUAUACACUGAACGUCUUGUGGAGCCAGUCGGCCCUCGGAUACAUCGAGGCACUGCAAUAAGUGAUGUUGGACGUCAUUAUACACGAACCGAGGAGAUCUGGUGCAAGAGUAAUGGCUCGAAGGCAAGCUCACGUGGUAUCCCAGUGGCUCGAUCGAAUGCACCUACGCCAAGCACGACCAAGCUGAAGCAACCAGAGACGAAAGUGGCUGAGGGUAGUGAACACAGCUCCAAGGUCCGAUUUGCCGCCAAGGUAGACAUCUCGCCUACCCCACCAGGCAGCGAUGCGAGUUCGGAACACUUUCGCCUCAUUGGAGGGAGCGCUAGUAGCAAGGCGAAGCUGAGAGAUGGCGAGAGUGGUGAGGAUCUGAUCGCGGAGUUUGAGCGUCGUGGUAGGUCCAAAACGCGAGAGCCACGAUCGCCUCACAAUCGUACUGGAGAGCAGGAGUACUUCUACGAACGCAGGGAGACUGUUAGAGAGCCAUCCGGAGUGGACCGUGGUUGGGAUGAUGCUCCACCGUCAGCCUGGGAGGGCGAUUCGAACAAGAGUCAGCCUAAGCCGUUGGUGCAUGCCUACAGCGAGAGUCCUGCUCGUGAGAGGUCAAGUCGCUGGGGGAAAGAAGGCAGAUGGGAGGAAGAAGGCAGCGGAGCAGGACCAAUUCGACCCGAGAUGCCAAGGCAAGAGGUUAUGGACGUCCUGAGUGGUAGUGAGCAUACUACUCGUGCUGAGGUUGAAGGAGGCACAGAAGAUCCUCGGUACGGCCAUGCUCAUGGUCGCUGGCCAGAGGAUCUCUCUGUGUUGGCAAGUCAUGUGCGGUAG